AUGGGGGAGAAGGUUCACACCCCAAGGAUAGCUGCAGAACGGGAGGGCGCUAAUGAGAAGGAGAAUCCAACAGCAGAGGAAACACUAGCAAAGGUUGAGAAGAACAAAGAGAAAAAGAUGGGGAGGGUUACGACCAUGGUUAGGAACCCAAUGGUACCUACAAACGUGGAGAGGGAUUAUGAGGAAAAGAAUCAAGAGGAACCAGUAGGAAAUGUUGAGAAGAUAAAAAAGACUGUAGCGGAGAGGGUUAUGACCUCAGUAAUCGAGAGCGCUGACGAGGAAGAGAAUUCAGAGGAACCGGCAGGAAAUGUUGAGAAGAAGAAAGGGCAUGUAGCAGAUACGACCUCACAAAUCAAGAGCGCUGAUGAGGAACAGAAUCCAGAGGAUCUACCAACAAAUGUUGAGAAGAAGAAAAGGAAAAUAGGAGAGAAGGAACCAGCAGAAUAUGUUGAGAAGAAGAAAGGGACAGCAGCGGAAACGACCCAAAAAAUCGAGAGCACGGAUGAGGAAGAGAAUCCAGAGGAUCUACCUACAAAUGUUGAGAAGAAGAAAAGAAAAAUGGGGGAGAAGGUUCAGACCCCAAGGAGAGCUGCAGAGGGGAAAGGCGCUAAUGAGGAGGAGAACAUUACAGUAGACGAAACACUAGCAAAGGUUGAGAAGAAUAAAGCAAAAAAGGAACCAGCAGGAAAUGUUAAGAAGACGAAAGGGCCAGUAGCGGAUACGACCUCAGAAAUCGAGAGCGCUGAUGAGGAACAGAAUCCAGAGGAUCUACCAACAAAUGUUGAGAAGAAGUAA